UGACCAGUGGCGGCGUGGGUGUCUGAUACCAUUGAUUCUCCCUUUUGCGUGGACCAAUCCGGAAGAUCCACGAAAAAGUGACCGUAGUCUGGAGGCGAGCAACUUCUCAAGUCCCAUAACCGGUCAAAAAUAAGUGCAUUUGUUAGUUUGUUUUAAUCAUUCGACUGAAACCCUCGAACGACAAUCGUCAGCGAAGCAGAAGCCAUGAAGGUUCUUCUAGGCCUUUUAUUACUCACUGUUGGGGCAAAUUGUUUGUAUUCGUCGACCUCAGAUGUUGUGCAGUUGAACCCCAGUAAUUUUGAUAAACUUGUGACAAACAGCGAUCAUGUGUGGAUUGUAGAGUUCUUUGCACCCUGGUGUGGACACUGCCAGGCACUUACUGCUGAGUAUGAUAAAGCUGCAACAGCAUUGAAGGGUGUUGUCAAGUUGGGGGCAGUAGAUGCCGACGAGCACAAAUCUCUGGGCUCCAGGUUUGGAGUUCGUGGCUUCCCAACAAUCAAAAUUUUCGGUGGAAACAAGAACAAGCCGGAGGAUUACAAUGGUGCUAGAACGGCAUCAGAUCUAGUUGAUGCAGCCCUGAGCGCUGCCAAGGCCAAGGUGAAAUCAGCUCUGAAUGGCAAAAAGAGCAGCAGCAGCAGUGGUGGAGGCUCGUCAGACUCCAAGAGAUCAAAGGAUUCCGACGAUGUUAUUGAACUGACCGAUGAUAAUUUUGACAAAUUGGUUCUGGGAUCCGAUGACAUGUGGCUCGUGGAGUUCUUCGCUCCCUGGUGUGGGCACUGCAAGAAUUUGGCACCAGAGUGGGCAUCAGCUGCUACAGAAUUAAAGGGAAAAGUUAAACUGGGAGCACUUGAUGCUACAGUUCACACUUCCAAGGCCAGUGAAUAUGGUAUCAGGGGAUAUCCCACGAUCAAGUACUUCGCACCUGGUUCCAAGGACACUGAUUCAGCCGCUGAAUACGAUGGUGGAAGAACAUCACCGGCUAUUGUUAGCUGGGCACUCGAUAAAUGGUCACAGAACGUCCCAGCACCAGAGGUUAUCCAACUCGUUGGAAAACAAUCGUCCAAGGACGCUUGUGAUGGAAAACAACUCUGCGUUGUUUCUGUUUUACCAAAUAUUCUUGAUUGUCAGUCUGAUUGCAGGAAUGGUUACAUCAGUACUUUACAAAAAUUGGCAGACAAAUUCAAGCAGAAAGACUGGGGAUGGGUGUGGGCUGAAGCUGGAGCACAACCAGAUGUAGAGGAAGCCCUGGAAAUUGGUGGUUUCGGUUAUCCAGCCCUUGCUGUUAUCAAUGCUAAGAAACUUAAAUAUUCACUCCUGAGGGGGAGUUUCUCAUAUGACGGAAUCAACGAAUUCCUGAGGAAUCUCAGCUAUGGUAGGGGUGGCACAGCGCCAGUCAAAGGUGCUGAACUUCCAAAGAUCCGUGAAACUGAAGCCUGGGAUGGCAAGGACGGUGUACCUCCACAGGAGGAAGACAUCGAUCUCAGUGAUGUUGAUUUAGAUGAGAAGGAUGAACUCUAGAUAAAAAAUCUUUGUGAUGAGAGCUUCGAAGAAUGAGUCAUGUACCACAUUGUCAAUUCUCUUCCAACGCAUUUGUAAAUCAUACAUGGUUUUUUUUUCCAAACGUCAUUCCAUAUGAAUUUUUUAUAUAAAGAAAGACGGAGAAUUGAAGCUCAACCUGAUUUUUAUUUUUUGAAACAUUUUAAUCAUGAAUAAUUAUCAAGGUGUGAAUGGACUGUGUAAUUUUUCUAUAAUCCACACGGAUAUUGAAGAAUCAGGAUGAUAUAUUAUUAUGAAAAUAAAUACAAUAAUUUCUACAUGA